CCUACAUGUUUACCUUUUUGUUCUCUCCAUGUCCUCUCCAGCUUGAGCCUCUAUCCUCCCUCACCUCUUCCAUCACCUUAACACCUCUGCCACCUGAGCUUUCAGACGGCUUCGAAACAACAGCACAUACACACUCAUAUCACAGCUCCGCUCUUCAUCCGACAACAUGUCUGCUCCGAAUGGACCUUCACUCGUGGUGCCGCCGAAGCGGCCCACAAAGACCUUCCGCAGAGUGAGCUCUCACGAUGCCACCCUCAACUCGUUGAAUCUGCGUUCGCCCACCGUCGUCGUUCCGCCGAAGCAUCUCAUGGCCCCUAGUGAUGCUCAUGAGACCGCCGCCGCCAUGGAGCUCGCCCGCUUCGGCAUCGAGGACGACGAUUCUUCGCCCGUGGACUCUCCUUCUACACCCACCGAAACCACUGUGACCGACAAAUUCGCCUAUGCCUUCGAUAUCGAUGGCGUCCUGAUUCGCGGUGGCAGACCCAUUCCGGAAGCCAUUGAGGCGAUGCAAGUUUUGAACGGCAAGAACGAAUACGGCAUCAAGGUUCCAUACAUUUUCGUGACCAACGGCGGCGGAAAGACGGAACAAGAGCGCUGCAUACAGCUGAGCAAGCAAUUGGAUAUUGAAGUGUCACCGGGACAAUUCAUCUGCGGACACACUCCGAUGCGGGAGAUGGCCGAGAAGUUUGAGACUGUUCUGGUCGUUGGUGGCGAGGGAGAAAAGUGCCGCCAGGUUGCCGAAGGCUACGGAUUCAAGGAUGUCGUCACUCCAGGCGACAUCAUCAAGGACAAUCCGGACACCACUCCCUUCCGGAGUUUGACCGAGGAAGAGCACAAAAAUGCCCGUGUCCGAAACUUUAAAGAAACCAGCAUCGAGGCGAUCUUCGUAUUUGCAGAUAGCAGAGAUUGGGCUGGAGAUCAGCAGAUUAUUCUGGACUUGCUCAUGUCCAAGGAUGGCUAUUUGGGAACUCGUUCCGAGACCUUCGACGAAGGCCCACCAAUCUUCUUUUCUCACAAUGAUGUCGUCUGGUCGGCAUCUCACGACCUCACCCGUCUCGGCAUGGGAGCACUCCGCCUUUCACUCGAGGCCAUGUUCAAGGCCGUCACUGGCAAAGAGCUCAACACCACAGCUUUCGGCAAGCCUCAGAUCGGCACUUUCCAGUUCGCCACUCGCUUGUUGAAGCAAUGGAGAAAGGAGACACACGGCAUCAACGCACCUCCCGAAACCGUCUACUUCGUCGGAGACACACCCGAGUCGGACAUUCGCGGAACCAACGAUUUCAACCAGACGUCCGAGAACACUUGGUACUCCAUUCUGGUCGAGACUGGAGUGUACGAGCCUGGGACGAAGCCCAAAUAUGAGCCCAAGUACACCGCCAAGCACGUGCUCGAAGCCGUGAACCACGGCAUCGAGAAGGAAAUGCAGCGCAUCCGGAAGCAACAAUUCACAGAACAGCUCGACCUCGCAGGCCACAAGCUCGAAGGCUGUGCCAUUGCGGACCCAACUCCGGCGACGCAGAAGGAUAACCCGAUGGAGGCCGCUGCCUCAGCAUAAGGCUUAUUCACACUCACACAAGAACUCAAUCAAGACUCGAUUUCAACAAUUUGCAUUUCAUUCGGGAUGGCGUAUGGCAGUGCAUAAAGCGGCGCUCUUGUGGGAAGGCCUGGGGGGUUUUUUUU